AGUGUUUUGGGAAUGAGAUAUUCAUUGUGGGUGUGGUUGGAGCAUAUUUGUGGAAGGUGUGGUGAGAAUGAUCAGUGUCUCUUGAGUCAGAGAGCUCAGAGUUGCCUGCUUCUACAAAGAACACAGCUUUAUAGGUAGUUGCUAACUUAGUUGAUCUCUCUCUCUCACAUUGCAAAAUGGCUGAGCUUGAGAACAUACAAAACCUUCGUGAAAACUUCAAGAAACAAAAUAAAUCUUGUUUUAUCCUUGGUGCGUCAGGAGCAACUGGCAAAGAGUUGUUAAAAGAAAUUUUGAAACAGCAAUUGUUUUCUAAUAUCACCAUCAUAGGACGUAGAAAACUGACUUUUGAAGAAGUGGCAUAUCAAAAUGUGAAUCAACAGGUGGUAGACUUCGAAAAACUGGAUGAAUAUUCUGCAGCAUUUCAAGGUCAUGAUGUUGGAUUCUGUUGUCUUGGUACCACAAAAGCAAAAGGAGGAGCAGAUGGACUUGUUCGCGUUGAUCGAGAUUAUGUUUGCAUGUCAGCAGAGUUGGCAAAAGCUGGUGGUUGUAAACACUUCCUCUUGGUAUCUAGCAGUGGAGCUGAUAAGCACAGCAUUUUUUUUAUUUUAAAAAUCAAGGGUGAAGCAGAAGUUAAAAUUGAAGAACUUAACUUUGAUCGCUGCACUAUAUUUAAACCUGCAUUGAUUUUAUGUGACCGAGAAGAGUCACGUCCAUUAGAAUGGUGUGCUAGAAAAAUUCUGGGUUGCCUCUCUCAUGUGAUGUCUGUUACUGCACUUUCUGUGCCCAUUUCAACGUUAGCAAGAGCUAUGGUGAACAAUGCAGUAAGCCCGAGUGACAAGAAGGUGGAGCUGUUAGAGAACAAGGAUAUCCACAUGAUUGGAAACCAAGAUGAAACAAAGACCAGCUAAAUGGUGUGAUAUCAGAUAUUGUGCACUUCUGCCCCUCCCUAACAGCAUCACCAAUUCCUAUUUCAGGAUGUGGAAAAAGCUUGCAAUGCAGUAAAAUUUUGUUAAACAUCUGUGGUUUCUUCCUGCUGCCCCAGGAUUAUGAAAUAGUAAUCCAUUACAUUGUAAAUCGUGCUGUACCAUGAAAAUCCUUUUAUAAGGAUUAUGAGAUUGUAACAAUGAUAUGAGUUGUUUUUUCAAGAUGUAUUGAAUGAAAAUGAUACUUUUCCUGCAGAAUUUUUUAGUAUGAUUUUCAUCCAGCCUAUUACAUGCAUCGAUCCAAAUGAACAGGUGCCUUGCACUUAUUAAAUAGUAUUUUAAUAUAUGUAAUAAGAAAAAGAGGUUUCAGUUACAAGACUAUGUGGCACAUUCAGUCAGUUAUUCUCAGAACUGAACAUUAGCAAAGGGUGUGCAAUGGAGCAAAGACUAUGCAAUCAGUGACCCUUUGCCCCUUCACUGGGAGAGAAUUUCAGUAUAACACAAAGAAGCUGCUGUUACUAGUUUUGCUGCUGUCAGCCAGGGACGGCUUGGAGAAUGGUUGCUGUCGAAUUUGUGCCUGUGAUUAUGUUAUUGACUAAGUGUAGAGGGAAAAAUAAUUUAUCUAAUGAUUUUAAGUCAUUUCCGUUUAUUGCAACUAAGCCUUGCUGCAUAAAGUUGGAACCAUAUGACUUGCAAAGGAUUCUUGUGUAGAUUGAUUAACAAGAAAAUAUAUAUCUGUUUGCAAAGGGUUCAUACUGUUUCCUAGUCUUAAGAAUUCCUUAUCCUCAUUAUAUAGGAGAAACUCUAGAGAAAAAAAAUCUUUAUCAGUAACAAUGUUUUUUUGAUAAACAAUGUUUGGAGAGUCACUAAUUUGAUGUACCUCAAUUUUUAUAAUCAGAGAUGGGGCCAAAGGAGACCUUAUAAAAUAAUCUACCCCCUUCAAACUUCACUGGGGUUGUUUUUUAUGUUAAAUUAAAUUUCCACAUUAAAACAUGUGGUUUUGGUACUGGGUCAGAUGUAAAAUUUAAGAGGCCAAUGUUCUGGUUUCAAUGUCGCAAAAUGCUUUGACUUCUUCACAGGUGAUUUUUAGCCCAAGGUAGUAGACGUUUAGAGUGACUUCUGUGAUUCUGGAGCUGAGUAAUUUGAAUCAAAAGCCUACUCAGAAUCUAAUCUGGAUCUAAACACUUUUUUAAAUCUAAUCUAUCCAUGUAUAAACUGUUCUUAGUCACUGCUAUUGUAUUUGAGCCCCUUCUUUGCUUAAAAUAGGAGUAGGAAAGAGGAGAAGCGAGCCAGGUUUUGGAGCAGACACUAAACUUCCCUGGGCCAGAUUCUGUUCUCAGUUACACCCCUGUAGAUCUAGAAUUACGCUAGUGGAGUUACUCUGAAUUUACUGUGCUGUAACUGAAAUCAGUAUCUGACUUGGUCCCACUGUGCUAAUAAUUAGAAUUUGGGCCAAUAGCCCAAAUACUUGAAUCACAAAAAGUAAUGCUGGUGUUCCCUCUGGUGGUUGUACAGUGGUAAAUAACUAAUAAGCACUGUCCAAAGGGCACUUGACAUCUAUAAUUAUGCUGAUAGCAAAGAUGCUGGGUGAUUACUGUUGCCUCAAAUGAAUUGUUUCUGAAACAAACAUGAUGCAUGAAGAUGGGAGUUGCAGAGAAGAGAAACCAUGUUUGUCAGUGGAAUGCAAAUAGGGGAAAGCAGGACUUAGCAGAAAGGAAUGUGCCUUGACCUUCUCAGAGGGUACUACAACUACUCCAGUUACAUAAGAAUUAAAGGAGAUUAAAAGGAAAUACAUGACAGUAUCUUUCUAUAUGAAAACCAAAGGCCCAAACCUGCAUUACUUUAUGUUGGGUUUGACUCUGUUUGUCACACCAAAAAAUCAGUAUGCAUCCCUCUGGAGCUGUGCCAGUUUGUUAACCAGGUUACAGUGCUUAGCUGAAAUUACCAGUGCCAUAAGGCUGCACAGCA